AUGAGUAUUAUGCGAGAAAUCCGGUCCGCUCCAUCAUGGAUUACCAUUGUGGCUGUCGGCGUCUUCGCUUUCUCACUCGUAUGGAUUAGACACAAAGUAGCUGGGGUUCGAAUUCAGCUCGCCGGUGGUACCAGGGCGCCGGUGCUAGCAGCCAACCUGCUUUCCGCUACCAAACUAUAUAUUGAUAUUGGGACCCAUCAGUAUAAUAACAAGCUCGCCCAAUGGUGUAAUGGUAUAUUGGACAGCAAGCAAAGCAACUAUGCCGAGUUUAGUUUGACCGGGAAGAAAAGAGUUCUCAUUACACGGGAGCCUGAGCAGAUCAAGGCCAUCUUAGCUACCAAAUUUGCCAACUUCGGACAUGGUCCCCAGUGGCACCGUCUAUGGCGACCAUUUCUCGGGAAGGGCAUAUUUGCGACUGACGGUGAUGAUUGGCAUCGCAGCAGGGGACUAAUUCGGCCAAUGUUUGUCAAGGACAGACUGCGAAAUCUGGUGAUUUUCGACAAUUGUACCAGGAAACUCUUGUCAACGUUGCCACCAUCUGGGACGACAGUGGACAUCAAGGACGUGUUUUACAGAUGGACUCUGGAUACUACUACGGAGUUUCUCCUGGGAGAAAAUACCAAUAGUCUGGACAAGUAA